UGCUGCCAUUGAGCCUCAGAAGAAGAAGCAGAAUCUCACAUGACUGCAGUGUUUGUUCCCGUGAUCAUGAUCAGUGUGUGUGAGAGUCAGAGCACUGAUGGAUCAGCUGCAGCUCAACACACACUCUUCACACAGGAACAAGUUUAUCUGCAGUCACAAAAAUCAAGUCAAGAAGGUUGUACAAAUAGCUGAAGGUUUGGCAGUGGCCGGUGAUCCUCGUCCUUUAGCUCAUGUGGAUGGAAACGUUCACUAUCAGUUUCACACAGAAAAUCCUGGAGGACAGGUGACGUACCGAGUGACUCCUGUCUCAGAUCAAAAACUGGAGGGUAGAAGAGAAGUCGGAGAGCCGGUUAAUAUCACUGGAUCUCUGCAGACAGUAAUUCAACACUCCUUCAGUAAUGGAGGCGGUCCUGCUGGGGAAGGUGACCGAGAGGAGGCACGAUGUGUGUGUUUCCCAGCAUCACUUGUGAGCGAGGGAACCCAACCCACGUUCACACAGACGACAGGUCAAUUCUACGUGAUGAUGACUCCUUCAGAUGCUCUGCUUUCGGCCUCUCAGCGGACUAUAGCUCCACGCACACAUACUUACACUGUGAACAUGGACAGUCCGCGCACCCCUAGGGAUGAGAGGAGAAGAGCACACCAUAAUGAAGUUGAAAGGCGACGGCGAGACAAAAUCAACAACUGGAUUGUGACGCUCUCGAAGAUGAUCCCAGACUGUGGUGUAGAUGGUGCCAAGACUGCGGCGAGUAAAGGUUGGAUCCUGUCGAAGGCGUGUGAUUACAUCGGUGAGCUGAAGCAACAUAAGCAGAGGCUUCAGGAGAGUUUGAGAAGAGCAGAGAGAGUACAGAUGGAGAAUGAGCUGCUCAGACAGCAGUUGGAGGAGCUCAAGAGCGAGAACGGGCGUCUCCGAGCACAGCUGGAGCAUCACGGCAUCCACAUGUUCACACAAUGAGCUUCAGGCAUUCUGGGAAAGAGAUUCUGGCCCUUCAGGACUGAAGUGGGCCGAAUGAAACAUGUUGACUUGCGCUCAGGAGUCGAGAGUCUCUCAGUGCUGUAUGUCUGAUACAGUGAAGCCAUGCUUGCUAGAGUUGAGGUCAGAGGUCAAGAAGUUUUCAAUAGCACUGACACCAGGAUCCUAUGAUCCUGAAAGCAUCUAUUUAUUCAUCCUGACUAACUCCGGACUAAACAGUGGAAUACAGUUUUUUACCUUUUUUUUUAGUUUUCUCUGCCUUAUGAAACACCCCAGACAUUUUCCUUUUGCUAAUUUUCCAGCUUUGUUGCUUUCAAUUUUGUCUUCAUGCUUUUUCUUGAAGUAUCAGUUGUUUGUUCAGUGCCUCGUUUAAUUUAAAAUUCUCCCGGAGAAAACUCUU